GCUGUCACUUAUAGUCAGUUCAGUGAGAUCAAUGAAGAAGAAAAGUUGCUGUGAGUGCGAUACUCCACAAUAAUUUAAUAAAAUUAAUUACUGUGGCUCGAGACUUCAUUCAAUCGACGUCGUGUUGUCGUUUGAAGAGCUCCGCGACGCAAAGACUCCGGAAUGUUUGUGAUUAGCCAUCAGAAUCACGUCUAAAAGUGCCGUUUUUGUCUGUCCAGAAGGUGUUUGUGGUGAAGUGUCUCAAGUGGUCUUGCCAAAGGCAGAAGAAAAAAAAGAAGUAAUAGAUAAUGGAAGCGGGAGGAAAGGUAAUUGAUGUGAUUUUCCACUCCGACAAUUGACCAGGACACCCAACAGCAUCCCAUCAAGGCGUAUUUUUCACCGUUAAGGACAUAUCAACUACAGAGAAAUGCAUUUCUCAAUCCCAGAUACUCAGGAUUUUGUCAAUGAGAAUUCAGGAUCAUCCUUCACGGGCUUCAACAUUCACAUUAAUGGCACCUUCCAUUGUUGCCUACGGUACAAGCAGUUGCACAGUCUCCAUGAGCAGCUGAAACGCUCUCUGCCCACCCUGGUGCUUCCGUCGUUCCCGCCAAAAAAAUUCUUCCCACUCACACCUUCGCAACUGGAGGAACGUCGAGCCAGUCUUGAACGAUAUAUUCAGUUGGUGGGUCAAGAUCCCGUCCUUUCAAAAUCAGAGCUUCUGCGGACAUUUCUGCUGAGUGCUCAGCAGGAGUCUUCGUACACGGAAAGUAAGGAGACGUCACUGGACGUGUACCUGAUGAAUGGUUUCCGGAUAGCUGUGAAUGCCUAUACAACGGAGUGCUCAACUAAGGUGCUGGAGAAGGCCUGUGACAACAUCGAUCUACCACGUGAAUUUGCCUACUAUUUCGCCCUAUUCCUUAUGCGCAAGGAAAAUGAUGGUAAUGUUACGCUCACGCGGAAGUUGAUGGACUUCGAGGCACCCUACAUUACACAGAGAAUCUUGCGUGAAUGCAAGAUUGUCAUUAGGAAGAAUUACUGGGAUCCGUGCUAUGAUUUGGAACUGAUGAGGGAUAACAUUGCACUCAAUUUGUUGUUUAUUCAGACUCUGAGUGACAUUGAGAGAGGGUGGAUACUGACAACAAAAGAAUCUAGGGAUCAAUUGACAAAUCUCCAAGCGCACGGGAAUAAGAAGGAGUUUCUCGAGGUGGCGAGGAAUCUGCCAUCUUAUGGUGUGAUUCAGUUCCAAAAGGCCAUUGUGGACUAUCCCGAAGCCAAUACGCAAACUAGUGUCACAAUUGGAAACAAGGAACUCUCUACCAGGACAGUUGUAGGCAAGAAAGUCCAGGAAGCGAGGUUUAAGGUUACACGAAUGAGGUGUUGGCGUGUUACGACCAUUCACAAUGACAUUCCCAGUGACUCUCUGAACAAUAGGCACAAAUGGGAGCUCUCUUUUGAGUAUCUGAUGUCGAAGAACUGCCUCAAGUGGAUCACAGUGGCCAGUGAACAGGCCAUGCUGAUGUCCGUUUGUCUGCAGAGCAUGGUGGAUGAGCUGCUGAAUCAAAAGAGUGGUGCUGACAUGAAUAAUAUGCAGGUCCAUCGAACCAACUAUGCUCCACUGUCUUACAUAAGGCGAGACGGAUCCUCUGGAAGGAUUUCGGAUUCAAGCUCUAGUGACACCAUCUCGAGUCUGCAGAAUGAAAUGGACAUGACGAAUCAAAGGCGAGUGGAAUCUUCUUCGGUGCGUCGGAAGAUUAGGGAGAAAAUCUCAACGACGGUAUUCUUCCGCAGUGGCAGAGAAUCCGUCCACAAUGAAGCAUUCGAGGGCAUUGGCGAUGACGAUUUGUAGUUUAUUUUGGACAAUUUUUCUACACGAAAAAAAACCACGGGCUCAAGAAUUAUCAGGAGGCUUUUUCUUCUCGUAACAUUCUCUUCGAACGAACAAUAAUCCCAAUUUCUAAUUAGUGUUUUUAUUUUUGGAAUAAAUGUAAAUCUUUGUUGUAUAUUUUUUUGAUAUUCUUGCCACUUUUGUCACUGUGUAUAAUCGUUUUAUUUCUAUUUAAAAAUGGUUUUUUUGUUUUGUGCCAAAUACUUUUUGAAGAAAAAACCAUGCAAAAGUGUAAACUCGGAAAAUAAAAGAAUCACAAUUUAUACCUAA